AUGUCGUCGAUCGCCCGCAGAUCGUUUGCUCUUGUUUUACUGGCCGCCUACAUAGGCGCGCUUUCGGUCUUCGGAGAUGCUAAGCCGUCAAGUGCUCCGGAGCCAAAUAUGAAGAUACCGUCACAUUGCCCUAGGGGCGCCAAAUGUGCUCUAAUCAACGAUGUCGAUAAGCACCAUAUCCAUCUCGGGACCUAUAACAACGAGGGAGAAAAUGAACCGUUGGUUAUCAAAGUGCACAAGAGUCAACUCAAAGAACCGCAGUAUUACGCCGUCACCGCAGAUAGCCGUAAAGCUACUGGUAACGAGUGGAUGAGCGUUGGAGUUUUUAACGCCAGAGAACACAAGAAAGUUAAAGGACGGCAUCAAAAGUACUUCAACAGUAUCUUGACUAAAAAAUUCAUGAGGCAAAUAGUGAUGACAGGACAGCAGGCGCAUGGAAUCAGAGCGGCUGCCUUUGUAACCCGCAACUUCAAAAAGUCGGUUCGUGACAUCAAAUUCCGAGGAGGCCAUCACGUCGAAGCCCGGCCCGAGAGCACACCUGAAGCCGUUCACGUUCAAGACGGAGAUGAGGUAGAUGCCCAGCCCGAGACCACCACAGACUCUGUUUCCGUUGCGGAGGGCGAUGAAGCUGAAGCUCAGCCCGAGACUUCACCAGAUGCUGAUGCCGCCGCAGAGGGCGAUGCAGCUGAAGCUCAGCCCGAGACUUCACCCGAUGCUAUUGCUGCCGCUCCCGCAGAGAGGGAUGAGAAUCACCAGUUCGUGUUCCUAGAAGUCGAUGGACCAGAAUAUGCGAAGGGAACCAUCAUUGUCUAUCCAGGUGUCAAGGAAGGUAAAUACUACGUGGUGUUCGCUUAUGGAAAUCCUUUGGGGGGCCCUGAGAUGGAGUGCUUCAAGGAGGUGAUCGUGAAGGUGCUGCCAUAG